AUGGAAAAAACGGCAAUAUUAUCGGAGAAAAAAGACGAUUCCACCACUUGGGUCCCGCUUGUCGAGGAGUUCACAUUUCCUGCAAACUCGGCCCCCUUCAACAGCUGUCAUGCUUCGACAAUUGUAGAGGUCGAUAAAGAUCAUUUCAUGGUCGCUUAUUUUGGCGGCACUGCAGAAGGUGCACCCGACGUGAAAAUCUGGAUACAGUCUUAUAAGGAUGGCCAUUGGGACUCUCCAAUCAUUGUUGACGAACAACCCAACAUUCCAAUGUGGAAUCCAGUGCUAUUUAAACAUCCUUCAAACGUGUUGCUAAUAUUCUAUAAAAUCGGUCAAGAUGUUCAAAAAUGGAGUGGGUGUAUGAAACGAUCUCACGAUGGUGGGGCCACUUGGUCAGCGAGAAUACAGCUUCCUCCCGGCAUACUGGGACCAAUAAAGAACAAGCCUAUCUUGCUAGAAAACGGGCACUUGCUAUGCGGAUCUUCUGUCGAGAGCUGGAACUCUUGGGGUGCAUGGAUGGAGAUAACUAAGGAUUUAGGUAAGUCAUGGAGAAAAUACGGGCCGAUAUACGUUCCAAACAGAACUCUGAGUGUUAUCCAGCCUGUUCCUUACAAGACCGCCAAAGGUAAUUUGCGUGUUCUCUUGAGAUCUUUUAAUGGCAUCAACAGAAUUUGCAUGUCAGAGUCCCGAGAUGGCGGUCACAACUGGGAAUACGCUAAGCCAACCGAACUACCAAAUCCAAAUUCAGGAAUUGACGGAGUGAAGUUAGCCGAUGGUCGUUUGGUACUUGCUUACAAUACAAUCUCGCGUGGCGUGCUCAAAGUCGGGGUUUCUGUGGAUGACGGUGAUUCUUGGAGUGAUGUCAUCACAUUAGAGGAAACUGAGGGAAUGGAGUUUUCUUAUCCUGCUGUUAUUCAAGCUAGUGAUGGAUUAGUUCACAUCACUUACACUUAUAAGAGGACACAAAUCAAGCAUGUCGUUCUUGGACCGAAUUGA